UCCAUGCCUGUACAGUAACAUGGCGGUCUGAUGCAAGCGGAAUGUGACUUUCAGCAACCCUUAAAUCGCGGGUGGUGUUUACAUUUUGCAGCUCAAUAAAUAAUAACGUCUGGAUAUAGGAGUCGGGUGUGUCUAUACAGCUCCGGUGACCGUCCACGGUGCCCAUCCAGGAAGUAGCGGAGUUUGGGGACUCGAUCCCGGGUGGUCGGAUUCUUACCUUCCCGGGCUCGGUGCGCGGCGAUUCAGCCUUCGCCACCGAGCAGCAAGCCCCAAGCUCAGUCAGGGCUGAAACAGAAAACAAAGCCAGAGUGAGGAGAAACUUGCUCCACACAUGAGGAGGCAUCUGACGGGACGACUGCAGCACCAGACCAGGGCCGAUGGAUCCCAUUGACUCUGGACAAGGGCAAGAGAACCCGUCAGAGCAGAAUUCUGAUUUAACACCCAGCUCCAGAGGACGACCGCGCAAGAAAAAUCCCAAAUAUCAGGAUUAUGAAACCGAAGACCCGUUGGAUGAGAAGAAAACAACAGGUAGAAAAAGCUCAGGAGAAGGUGCAGCUUCUAAAAGGACUCCGGCAAAGAGGCGAAAAGCUGAGAAUGACCCAGAGCCGCCCGAAGAUGACGUCGAAAAUGAAGCCAAUCACAAAACACCUCAAGAGCCGGAUGAAAUAACGGCAAAGGAAACGCCUAAAAAGGCAGUUAGAGCCAAGAAGACCCCGACAAAAAGGACUCCUGGUAGGAAAAAAAAAAAUGAGACUCCGAACACUGAUGGGGCGCUCCCACGUUUGGAAGGUGGAGCGGUAGAUUCGACGCAGCAGGAGAACGGGACACCGACGCCGAAGCCGAAGAGGAAAUAUGUGAAGAAGCAGCGUGCGCAGGUAAUCGCAGAACCACCGCCAUGUGCGAGUGAACCCGAGGAGGAGAUCCAGCCAGGGGGGCGGCGCCGGAGAGGUGCUGCUAAAGCGGCUUUGAAGUACCUCCACAAUUUGGCUAAAGAAGCGCUCGCUCAUCCCGGAGAUGAGACAGCGUCCCAGCCGGGAGCCGAUAGCGAUGUCGCCAGCACAGAACCCGACCCCAAAGAGAAGGGGAAACGUCUCAAAGGAAGUAAAGGGCGUCCAGGACGGAAGAGGAAACGGCGCGACUCAGACAGCGAUGCUGCAGAAGACGAGGACUUCGUUCCGGAUGCUGAAGAAAUGGAGGCUGAGGAGAUGAAUGAUGAAGAAGAAGAAGAAGAAGAAGAGGCGGUGGACUCAGACUUUGACUUGAGGACGUUUGUAAAGAGUCCAGCCACUUCUCACUUCAACAAAACCAAAAGCUGUAACGUCAGAAAGAGAACGCCCAACGGGCUCAGCGGGCUCAUGAUGAUGCCUGUGACCGAGUCCGCCGAGUCCACCAAGAAAUUCCGGGAGAUGCACUACAGCAGCUGGGUGUUUCCAGAGUGGAUCCCCUCAUCCAACAGCUGGCACCCUGUACCACAGAGUGAUUUGGAGAAGUACCUUCCUCAGGAGCUCCAGUCGGCCGCUUUCAAAGUGUCCAGAGAAGGUCUGAGACCGGAGCAGUCGCCUCUGCAGAGACUCAGGAGGCUCACAGCAGUGCCAGCUGACCCGGACCGUUGGGACAUGUUGCUGUACGCAGGCGGACCGGUCUGGGCCUUGGAGUGGUGUCCCACACCUGAUGGAGCUCCGGCGUCUCAGUUCAUAGCUCUGGCCUGCCAUCGAGGGAUGGACGACAAACACUGUUUCAACAAGACCUACACCAAACACGGACUCGUUCAGCUGUGGGGCUUCGGCUCGCUGGAGUGCAACAGCAGACCAGACUCCAGCCCAGCCUUCACCUACGGCUUGGCCCAGGACAAAGGCUUCAUGUGGUGUCCUGCAGGCGGCUGGGAGCCUCACAACUCUGACAGAAAGGCUCCUUUUCUGCCCAGACUGGGUCUCCUGGCAGUUUCCACCUCCAACAGUGUGGUCACCAUUUACAGCCUGCCCCACCCCGAGGCUCUGCUGUCCAUCAAGAAACCUGCAAACUGUGGAAAAGACCGCCAACAGUUCCCAAUAUACAAGGUUAAAGAAGUGUUGUCUCUGAAGCUGGGAUCCUUCAGAGCCCCUCGCCAUGAGAAGAGCGGACAAGUCCUGUCUAUGGAUUGGCUGCCUGAAAAACCACACAACAUAAUUGCUAUUGGAUUCUACGAUGGUAUUGUCGGUCUGUGGGAUUUGACCACCAAGUCCGGGUUGUUGCGGGUGCGAGAGUCUGACGCCUCACUCAGCCUGCUGCCCUAUCGAUGCCUCCGGGCUCACGACCACGCUGUGCGGGCUCUGGCCUUCUGUCCCGCCUCCAGAUACCUGUUGGUGACGGCAGGAGAAGACCGCUACGUGAAGACGUGGGAUCUGAGGCGGCUCCACGAUCCAAUCACCGCUCAGAAACGUUUCUUGACCAAUGAAAUCUGCUGGCCACUGAACGCACCCGGCAUCCUCUGGGCCCAGGAUAACGCCUACGCAGCGAGUGGUUCACAAGGAGUCCAUUACUUUGACCAUCAGAUGCGCACCAUCUUUGCAAUUCCUCGGACAGCGUCUCUGUGGUCCAUAUCCUACACCGAUUGGUUGAACAGUCUGGUGACAUCAGACGGCCUCGGCGAUGUCAUAUUCGCCCUGUUACCUUACAUGAGCAACUCUCCGCAUUACCUCAAACGCACGAAAGAGAGACGAUUUCCUGUCUACCUCACAUCUGUGUUGCCUUUUGCUACAACUGAAGAAACGAAUCAAGAGAAGGUAGGAGUGGAAGAGGAGGGAGAUGCUGCUGAAGAGCAGGAAGGAGGUGCAGCAGAACGAGUGAAUGGAUCUGAAGGAGGGAAUGAGAACAACAAGGAGCCUGGACGAGGUGGAGGACGAGUUAAUAAUAAGGAUACAAAUCCUCCCCUGCAGUCCCACUUAUACAACGAGGUGGUCGAGAAAUACUUCCUCCAUCAUACAGACAACAACAUGCUGACCUUUUUAGGAAGCGAGAAGCGACCCGUGUGGAAGCGAAUGGUUGCUACAGAGGGGAAGUCAAAGUUGAACCUGGAUGAGAUGACACUGGCUGCGCUACACAAGGUGCGUUUUAAUCCAAACCUGCUCAGCCAUACCUGGUUGGCCACGGGGGGCCAGAGUGGUCUGGUCAGACUGAACAAUCUGAGAGGAAUGAUCAGCUCCCAAACCAAGAAGAUGUUGAGUGAGAGCCGGGCCAAGUUCAGCACACUGUACUCAGCAAAAAAGCGGAAAGAGGCGGAGCAGACUGAGAGGGAGGAGCUAUAGCAGCAGGAGUUCAGCUCCACGACAGAGUGAGAAUGUGGAGCGUAGGUGGGACUGCAAAAAACACCAAGCUGCAAAAAUAGAUAUUUUUAAAUGAUGAAAAGAUAUAUAAGUAUUUAAUUAGUUUAUAAGGGAUGCUGUAUAUGUUUGCUGUCAUUGGGUUCAAUUCUGUUUCAAGUUACCGACCAGUUUAUCUCUAAAUCUGAAAAUGAAACUCGUCAUCGUUUGCAGGUUUUGUAGCAUUUCUCGGCCAAGGUCGGUCAAUAAUUCUCUCUCCUGAACUCUUCACCUGUUUCUCGUUCUGAAAGUUCUGCCUGAAAUUGCUCAACGUUAAUGGGAAACCACAGCGUUCCACCUACGACCCCAACCAACUAAUCACUUUAAAACACAACAUUUAUUCCUGACAAACAUAUUUUUUUCGUCUUUUUCCCCGUUUUCUGCAACCAAAUACUCGUGUAAAAGAAGGUUUGAGCGCCUGUCAGAGAAGUGCCUUCUUUAAAACUCAUCACAUUAGCACUUUCCACCUCUUGCUCGUUGAUUCAGAGCAGAGUGUUUCCCAGUAUCUUUUCCCAGUGUCUCUAAAGUUGACUACAAUUUGCAAAAGGCAAACAUGGCGGCAAUCCAAGGAAGGAGAAAUGCAUGAAUGAAUCAGCCUGUAAGGAAAUCAGUGAGGGCUGAGGAGAAUGAAUCAGUCACUGCACUUCUUUUCGUUAACUAAUCAUUAACCUCAGUGCUUUUGUUUUUACAUUAUUUUAGCAACAUUUUAAUUCAUUUAGCAAAACAUUCCAGCUCAGUUCAUGUGGUUUCUGUCGUCACAUUGGCCGGCCUCACUAAUGGCCGUGUCACUCUCCAGGCUGAUUGGUCGAUCAAAAACAAAAGCCUUGUUUGUCGUCUGUUCUUUAGUGUUUGUCUCUUCAAAUCGUGCUUUUUACCGUACAUAAAAGAUACCUCGAUCCCUCCCAGCAAACUGCUUUUUUUGCUUGAUUUAUAAAACAACAACAGGAAGCUGGCGAACAUCGGAGAGUAUCUUUGAGCUUUUUUCUGCUGCUGGAUGUUUGUAAUCUUUUUCUUGUGUCGUAUAAAAACUCAGGAUUGAACUGAGAGGAAAUACUUGAAUUUUUUAAAGUAAGUGCUGAAUGUAAGGUUUAUAAAUGGCCGAUUUUAAGUCUUUUCUUUCGUUGUUCUUUUGUCAGUUUAACUGGGGGGUAACCUGUUUUUUUUUUCCCCUCAGUCAAAAGUUCUUGUUUGUUACUUUUUAUUUCAUGUGUCGACUAAACCACCAGGGAUGUAUUAUUUACAAACACAGCUCUGUCGUCUUCUUUUUUAAAGUUGUCUGAAACUUGUUAGUAAAUUAUUUUAGGGGUUUAUGAAUGUGUUUCGAUUUUUUUUUUCUCAAAUUAAUUACAAAAGUCAUCGAUAAUAU